GCCACCAUGUUCCCCUACUAACCUAUAUUUCAAUACCAUGAAUUCCUUUUCAAUUUGCUUGAAGAAAAUCACUUGAAACAAUCAGAAAACUGGAAAACUUUGGUUUGUAUCAUCGUUUCAUUGUAUGUUGAAUUAACCACUCACCCACCAUCUUCAUUCAUCUUCUCGUCCGGUGAAACGGUCAGAGAAACCCGUUGAAUGCUAGCAUGGCGUUUUGUAGAGCUACAAAACGUUCCAUUGGAUCUUUGAUUUCUAACGGGCUGCUGAAUAACGCUACUAGGCAUGGGUUUUCCAGUUGUGCUACCAAUAAGACAUUUGUUGUUGAAGGUGUUCAAUAUGGAAGUUCAGUUCCUUACGUUCACGAUGCUAAUUCUGCUAUUUAUUCGAGGCUUAGUCUGUUGAGAAGAUUUAGUGUCGAAACCCCUCCUGGGUCAGACCAGAUGAGUCUCAUAAAGCAGCUGAGAGAAAGAACUAGUGCACCCAUUAAAGAUGUCAAGGCUGCUCUCAUUGAUUGCAAUUGGGAUAUUGAAGCAGCACAGACAGAAUUGCGAAAAAGAGGAAAGGUGUUAGCCCUGAAAAAGUCUGCUAGAACUGCUGCUGAAGGCCUCCUUGCAUUGGCCCAAAAUGAAACCAAAGCUGUUGUUAUUGAACUUAACUGUGAGACUGACUUUGUUGCUAGGAAUGAGAUUUUUCAAUAUUUGGCUCUAUCUUUAGCAAAGCAAGCAUUGUUGUCCGAGAGUUUGUCCCAUAACGAUCCUGGGACUUUCCCUGUUGGACCAGAGCAAUUGGAGGGAAUUAAAUUAAAUCUAGAACACCCAAAAAUUAAUGGAGAAACAACAGCUCUUAAUGCAGUUACUGAAGUGGCUGCCAUAAUGGGGGAGAAUAUUAAGCUAAGACGAGGUUUUUUGAUGUCUGCUUCUCCAAGUGGUGUUAUUUCUACAUACCUCCACACGAGUCCUCAACCAGGUUUGGGUCGUAUUGCUGGAAUUUUGUCUAUUGAAGUUGAGGGUGAUAAUUCACAGCCUGAUGCUCUUCAACGUGUUGGAUCAGAAUUAGCAAUGCAUGUAGUUGCUGCAAAGCCGUUGUUCUUAACAAAAGAACUUGUUGCUUCUGAUGCAUUGGAGAAUGAACGUGAAAUUCUUAAGUCUCAGGCAGAAACAACUGGCAAAUCUCAAAUGGCCAUAGAAAAGAUGGUUGAAGGCCGUCUACGGAAGUACAUGGAAGAAGUUGUCCUGAUGGAGCAGAAGUUUAUCAUUAACGAUAGUAUAAAUGUAAAGACAAUGCUGGAUAACCUGUCCAAGGAAGUGGGUUCACCAGUGACGAUUCGAAACUUUCUAAGAGUGGGUGUCGGGGAAGGAAUUGACAGGCUAGAAACAUCGGAUUCACCUGAACCUGUGGCUCAAGCUGCAUAGUGGUCUGGCUGGUAGUAGCUCAACAAUUUCUUAGCAUCUUAAAACUUAGUUCCUGCCCAAAUAUUCUUGGUGGUGGUUAAGUUCCAUAGCAUCCUCAAUCACUACAGAGAUUUUCUCCCCCUUGCUUUUAUUGCCAUUACAAGGAACAUGCAUUGAGGUAGAAACUCUUUUGGUAACAACACCACUGCUCUUUUGUUCAUCACUCAUGUCAGAUUAUGGGAUCAACUGACCAAUAAAUUUUGAAAUCUGGGUCAGUUAAGAGUUCAUGUUACUUCACAAAUUGUGUUUCUUAUUUGUUCAUGAGACUAGAUUAUGUCUAACAAGUGACAACCCCUCUAUUCUAUAGUUAUGAAUUUUAUAUCUCAGAGUUGAAAGAAGAUAAGGGAAUAGAUUUUAUAA